CUUCACAUCAAAUAUUUCGGUACUCAUGCGUUUCUGUGUUUGAGUUGAUUUGGGAGUCAUCUCUAUUGUCUUAAAUUUAUUUGAAUUCCUGUAAAACCCCGAAGAUAUCGAUGCUGGAUCUAGGGGGAAGCCACCAAGCAAGGAAACACGACCUCUGACGCGAGAACUCCACGAGAAUCCAGGGCCGGGCGCAGACCAGCGACAGCGGAGAAUCUGGGCAUUUAGCCGAAGUUGGAACCUCAGAAAAAAUGACAGAUAGAAGCCGACGGGUGCGACGUCAGAUCAGUGAGGCCACUGAAGACUUCACAGAAGACUCCGACCUAGGCAGCGGUGAAGAUUAUGAUCCAAGAAGAACCGACUCAAUGAGGCGAGCAGGCAGAUAUGAUUCUUCGGCAGCUUCGACCCCGGCCUCAUCAAGACCAAGGCGGUCGGUGGCGUCAGCUGCUGCAAGCAAUGUGUCUUCCGCCACUGUUCAGCGUGGGUCGGGCUCUCCAGAUGAUCGACGACAAAGCCUCAAAUUGACCGUGAAGGCUCCUCCAAGCAAGUUGCGGGAAGUUAUGCGGGCUAAUGAGGUGGAUUCGCUCCAUGAUACCCUUGGUGGCGGCCAAGUCCUUGAUGCACCACGUAGCAGUCGACGUACUGCUUUGGCUUCAAGAACCAGCGCUCGAGGUAGCCGGCGACCGACCUAUGCAGAGUAUGGUGAGAGCGACAUUGAAGAUGAGGAGGAGGAGGAUGACGAAGAAGAAGAGGAGGAGGAGGACGAAGAGGAAGAAGAGGAAGAACCCAACGACUUCGACCAACUGGGUGCUGAACCAGAGGGUGGCACCGAUGAUGAAGACGUGGAAAUGGAAGAUGUGCCUCCGCCUCCACCUCCUUCCAGGCGCCAUCUACCGCCUAAACCCCCAAAGAUUACAUUGAAACCACCUGCCAAAGGAGAUAACAAACCAACAGCCAAGCCCAAACUCAUCGUCACACCCGCAAAAGUUGGUCCUCUCAAGUCCGUCGAGGAGCAGGAAAUGGAGGAUGCGUCAGAGGAUGUGUCGGAGGAGGAUGAAGAUGAGGUCGGCAAUUCGUCUGAGCUCUCCGAUGAAGACGAGGAGCCUACGAUAAACGUGCACGACGAAGACGCGGAGGGUGAGGAAGAAGAGAUUGUGGUUGAGGAGGACGCGCCAGGUGAAGACGAGGAAGCCGACGAAGAAGAUGACGACGAUGAUCUUGAUGACAGCAGCGACGAGACGCCUGCUUCUGGUGCCGCCACUCCCGAUCCCACUAAGAUGACGAAGAGGCAAAGGGGUAGGCCCGAAGAUCAAGGUACUCUGAUGGCCUUGGAUAUGGCGCCUCAGCAGCGAAAGUUCUUCACGGAUGAGGAGAAAGCGAUGAAGAAGGAUGAACAUGCGAGAAAGCGAAAAGAACUGACCAAGCGCAAAGUGCAGGAGGAGAAGACAGCCGCCUUGAACAGAUUGCUCAAACCUCAAGUCUCUAAAGCGCGAGGUGCCGCUCCAAAGCCAGAGACUUUGGCUGCGGCCGCAGCAGCUGCCGCAGCGGCUGGGUCACCAUACGAGGAGGAAGACCUCCCACAGAGAGCCAAUCCACUCUAUACCAGAUGGGUCAGUACGCAAGACGGUGUGAGACUGGGUGUGCCAGAAGAGUGGUUGGGGAAGAAAGUCGGCCGCUAUUUUGGUCCGCCGCUCUCACCCAGCAGCAAUAUUCUUAUUCAAGAGGUUGAAUGAUCCCACCCUAGCAUCACAUUCAUCUCGUGCUCGGCUCCGACUUGUCGAUAUGUGAAGGUCCGGAAGGAAUUCUGUCUCAGAAGUGGAAACAUACCUUAUGAUGGUCCGAUCCAUCUGGAGAUCCCGGAGAACCAGGACGUUCCCGAGUAUCUUUCCACCAGAUUACAGUAGCUUCUAGCAUAGAAUUCUCAAAUCAACAGCAAUCUAAUUACACAUGAAGGC